ACUCCUUGGUUCUGAGGGCAUACAGCCGGGAGUGUUGGUCAAGAGCACUCCCCCCGUCCCGCCCCGAAGCCGCCAUGCCUCCCCAGCCCAGACUGAUGGCUUGACCCUUGUCACCAAAUCUGCACCGUCCACUAAGGAAGGGUCCUCUAAAGAAGAAACCCAACUUAUAACUGUCAGUGACAAGGCUACCUCCCCACCUCCUAAAUCUAUUACUGAACGUGCAUUUAGGCCCAAGUUUCUUCGAAAGUUGUUCAAGUUCUCGAAAGGUACUAGCACCCAUGAAGAUCAGAUGACACAACCUUCUAAUCGAAUUUGUCCGAAGGGGCCCAAUGCAAGCCUUCUCAGAGGGCCAAAUGAUGGCAACCUCUUGCGUGAGUACAUGCCAUGGCAGGGCCCUGAUCCUGACAAUCGGCGAGGUCCUGACCCGAGCUUGCAUCGAGGCCCUGACCCUAAGAACAUAGCCAGUAAGGAGGGUGCCACGAAGGCUAGGGGUCCCCAGGCGUCGAGCUUGUUUCGCCGAGGGCCCCUGAAGGACAUCACUUUUCGUUCCUUCCUCCGUGGCUCCUCACUGUCGUCAGGUGGUAGUGACUCACCGCAGGGCUCAAAGUCCUCUUCCUCCCAGCAGUGAUCAAGACAGGAUUGUAUCUGGGCUCAACUACCAGUGGUAGCCAGUGUGUAGUGUCUUACAACAUUUGCCCUUUCGAAGUGGCACACAACAACAUUGCUAUUUCUUUGUUUUUUUUUCAUAACUUUUACCUGCCUUCACAACAGAUCUUUAAUGUUGCAAAAAACUACCGUUCCACUCAAAGCUUUAAAUUCAUCUUCUAAAGUGGACAAGCCAGCUGAAUCUGACAUUGAGGAUAGCAAGAACCCAGUGCAGUCAUGCAGCACUGCUUUUCCCCAUGGCACGUUUAUGUUAAGUGUGAUGAUUUGGAAUAGGUAGUGUAAAGUGGGACCUUACAGCCUUUUUGCUUGUGCGAGUCUUUUCAAGUGAAAAUUAGAAAAGUCUUGCGCUUCGAUAGCACAUCAUAUGCAUGCGCUAACUUGUUACAAACAUUACCAAAGUUAAAAAGCAGGCAUGUUGGUAUAACCGCAUGAAGCUACCGCUAAAACAGGGCCAUGCCCUUGGUGUCUGCUUGGUACACAUGCUCACUGAAAGCUUGUCAAGUGCCAACUAUGAAGUGAUGAGAUAAGGGAAGUGUGCGUACAGUUUGAACAGGGUCUGCAUGGCCAAUGCUAUGUUGGUGCCAACCGCAAACAUGCCCUGUGAUUGGGCUCAAAUUGGUGAAGUUGGUGGUUUCUCAUUUUGAUUGAUUGAAUCAAAGGCUGCUAACUUUAGGUGCUUUAGUUUACAAUCCACACUUCAAGAUUUCUUGGUUUGAAGUUUGAAUCGCAGCUAAUUAUGUAUUUGUGCUAGCAUGAAAAUUUAGUUGUUGCGGCAGGUAUUGUCUUGUCAAGCAUGGAACACACAGCCGUUUUCGUGAGAUGCCAUCUGGUUUAGUGAUAAAAUGACCCAAGGCUGUGACUGUGACAUUUGAUUCCCCUCCCCCCCCCCUCUUUUUGCUUUCCGUAGUGUUUAGUAGUCUUAGCAAGAAUAAAAAAGGUCAUGAACAACAUGGGACAUAGUGGAGGUCACUUAGUGAGUGAGAAGCCACUUAAAUUUUUCUUAAAGGGGUACUGACACAAAAAAUAUUGCCUCGCGUUUUUCUGGUGCAAUGCGUUGCUGUAGGGCUGUUAGUCAUGACACGACACAUUGUUUGCUGCAGCACGCGACAUAUAAUAAAUUAGGCCCCUAAUUAUCGAGCAGUUUCAGUUUUGGUUUGAGAGAGUUCCAAAAACUGGGUGCAACUGCCGCCACCUAGUGUGUGCAACUAUUGACCACGUCAGAACACAGAACUGUGACGCACUUCCGCACGAUUCGCAACAAGAAUUACCUUCAAAUAGGAAACGGCACUGGAAUGUUGCCAAACACAAAACUUUCUAAGCAUGCGCCACGGCCACGCACUCGCAACCAGCCGCCGAGAAAUAUAGACUUUGGAAACUAAUGCAGCAAAAAAAAAAUGGUGGCUAUGACGUCAUAAUAACUGGUUUUGUUGGCCGCAGCGUGGUGGCGUGAAAGAAGUAGGGGGUCAUCUUAAGGUCACCUCCGAGUGUGUGUAUAGCGCUAUAGAGUCGGUCGCUCACGCAAACUUCAAAACUUAAUUUAAAAUUCCUUCCAAGCUAUAUUCGCUGUUGAUAUCUUGCACAUGGUAUAUGGAUCUUCACGAGAAUUGACCCCACAGGCUAUCUCGGCCCUGAAAUUUUGUGUCGGUACCCCUUUAAUUACAUCCACGCAAGUUUUAUUCACUAGUCUUUGAGCUAUCUAAAUCAGAACUGAUGUGUGCAGGUCCUGAUGUGAGACUCCUCACUUUACAUACUCUGUGACUGUAGUACGUAAGCCAAGUCACUUGUGGGUCACCUCACAAUUUUUCAUUUCUGGCAACCAAAG